AGUUGCAGCAUGAAACGGUGGAGUGGUCGUGUUGCCUUGGUUACAGGAGCCAGUGCUGGUAUUGGGGCAGCUAUCUGUAGGCAACUUGUUGAAGCCGGCAUGAUUGUUGUUGGUGCUGCACGUAAUGAAGAGAGGAUUAAGGCUCUUGCAAGUGAACUGGCUAACAAACGUGGCUCUCUAACUCCAGUUAAGUGUGACGUCUCCAAAGACAAUGAUAUCCUCAAUCUGUUUUCUACCAUUAAACAGAAGUUUGGAGGUGUUGAUGUGUGUAUCAACAAUGCUGGAAUGUCUCACACCAAAUCCCUCUUAGAGGGAACACCACAAGAGUGGCGAGAGAUGCUGGACAUUAAUGUUGUUGGCAUGUGUCUGUGCACACGUGAAGCUGUUGCAUCCAUGCAAGCCCGCGAAGUUAAUGAUGGCCAGAUUAUCCACGUCAGCAGGUAA